AUGGUCGAGUUAUGCGGAGCAGAGGGGGAGUAUCUGAUAAACAUGCCAGAUGGCUCCGCGCGAUUGGCUCUGGAGCAUCACGUGCGGCCCAAGCGAAACCUGCGAGCGGCUUUCUUGACGUCUCUGGGCCCCGAUGCCGCGGCCGAUGUGGGGUGCGUGCUGUUUCGGCUGAAGCAGGAGGGGCAUGGGGCGGUGGAGAUAUGCGGGCCGCCGGGGACUGCUGCGUACUGCCAUGCGCUACGGCACUCCGUGGGAUGGAAACACCCCAAGGUGUUUGUGCGGGAGGCGGAUCCAGGGGAGCAGCCCGUUUAUGAAGACAACAACGUGCUUCUCCUCCCGCUCUUCACGUACACCGCCUCCCUCUCCCUCUGCUUCUGCUGCUACCGCCGCCGCCUGUCCCUCCGCAUGGCCGCUAGAUCCGCCCGUGCUGCUGCUGGGGGGACGGGAGGGGGCGCUGGAGGGGUUGUGGGGGGCCAGAGCAGAAGCGGUGGGGCGUCAGCACAAGGGACGGCGGAUGCAGGGGUUGGUGGGAGGGAUGUGGGCGGUUGCUGUGGCGCGCAUAGGGGUGGAGAUGAGGGGUGGGAUUUUGAUGAUUCUGAUAGUGAAGAUGGUUCGGAGGGAGAUUAUAGUUCCGGGGAUGGUGGGAUUGAGGGUGAGGGGAGUGGGAGUGGGAGUGGGAGUGGGAGUGGGAGUGGCAGUGGCAGUGAGAAGGAGAAGGCUGGAGCGAGUAGUAGUAGCAGCACGAGUUCGGAUUCUGAAAGCGAGGAGCCUUCAAGUAAGGCGGAGGCAAUAGUAAAGGCUGCAGAGAAGGCUUUCAAGGCGCCUCAAAAGGAGACUUCAAGUAAGGCGGAGGCUGUAAAGGGUAGCGAGGGGCAGAAGGAGCAGAGGGAGGAGCAGAAGGAGAAGAGAGAGGAGCAGAAGGAGCAGAGCGAGGCGCAGAAGGAGACGAGAGAGGAGAAGGAGCAGAGCGAGGAGAAGAAGGAGCAGGGCGAGGGGCAGAAGGAACAGAGCAAGACGAUUGAGAAGGAGGAGGAAGAGGAGGAGGAGGAAGAGGAGGAGGAGGAGGAGGAGGAGGGGGGGGAGGAGGAGGAGGAGGAGGAGGAGGAGGAGGAGGAGGAGGAGGAGGCAGGGGAGGAAAGGAAAGGAGGAGGACGAGAGGAGGAAGGACGCGAGGAGGGAGAGGAGGAGGACGAGAAAGAGGAGGAAGAGGAGGAUGAGAUGGAAGGAAGUGAGGAGGGAGAGGAGGAGGAUGAGAAGGAAGGAAGUGAGGAGGGAGAGGAGGAGGAUGAGAAGGAAGGAAGUGAGGAGGGAGAGGAGGAGGAUGAGAAGGAGGAAGGAAGUGAGGAGGGAGAGGAGGGGGAUGAGAAGGAAGGAGGAAGUGAGGAGGGAGAGGAGGAGGAUGAGAUGGAAGGAAGUGAGGAGGGAGUGGAGGAGGAUGAGAAGGGAGGGACGGAGGGGAGGGAGGAGGAGGAGGAGGAGGAGGAGGAGGAGGAGGGAGAGGAGGAGGAGGAGGAGGAGGAGGAGGAGGAGGAGGAGGAGGAGGAGGAGGAGGAGGAGGAGGAGGAGGAAGUGGGGGAGAAUGAGGAGGAGAAGGAGAAGGAGAAGGAGAAGGAGAAGGAGAAGGAGAAGGAGAAGGAGAAGGAGAAGGAGAAGGAGGAGGAGGAGAAGGAGAAGGAGAAGAGGAGGAGAGCAGUUGGCAAGCCCUCUCUCUGUAAUCAGCAACCCAUGGGCGAGUUCUAUCCCUCUGCUGGGCGGGUUGGGGCACAGUGGGGGUGGGGGGGGAACAGGCGCGAGCGCAUGGCCAUGGCUGGGAAGAUCGUGCCUCAGCUUGUGGGCUAUGUGAUUUUCUUCAAGCAGGCUGGGACUGCGGUGCUUGUAACGGAUUGCAGCAGCCCGGAGGAAGCUGCUGCGCUGCUUCCCAUCGCGUCGGUUUGCAGUGGGUGCGAGGCAGGUGCUGAUGGGGAAGCGGGAGAGGGAGGGGGAGAGGGAGGGGGAGAGGGAGGAGGAGAGGGAGUGGGGAAAGGAGGGGAAGAAGGAGGGGUGGGUGGGAAGAGAGGAAGGAGGAGGUUGUGUCACUGUGGUAGUGGGUUCAAGGUAGGAGUGUCUAUGGUGCCAAGCGUCAACUCUCCAGCAGCUGUUGGUCCUCUCACAGUCGCCUUCCACCUCAGCUCGCGUGCAGUGCUGGCAUCGCCAGCUCAUCGCAUGCUCGUUGACAGGCUGGCAACGCCACGUGUGCACACAGAGGGUCUCGCUGUGCCUGGCUCAUUGGGCACCUCUGGGCAAAUGGUCUGGGAAGCGGUGAGUUGGAGAUCUAUGCGGGAGGAGGAAGAGGAGUUAAGGAGGAGAGAUGAGGAGGAUUAUAGGGAGAAGGUCGUUGGGACUAGGGCGAUAGAGAGGGAGAUGGCGAAGGAGAAGGAGAGGCGAAGGGAUCCGGCGAGGGAAAAGGAGAAGGAGAAGAGACGGGAGAUGGAGAGGAGAAGGGCGCUGGAGAAGGAGAGGAGACGGGAGAAGGAGAGGAGAACAGCGCUGGAGAGGGAAAGGGCGAAGGAGAUGAAAAGGGUGAAGGCGAGGGCUCAUAUGGAGACGAUGAGAAGGAAUAAGGAGAAGAAAAAGGAGAAGGCGAGGGUCCAUGCGGAGAUGAUGAGAAGGAAUGAGGAGAGGAAAAGGUUGGCAAGGUUAACGGGGGAGGAGAAGGGAAAGGAGAAGAUGAGGUUACAGGGUGAAGCAGGGGAGAAGGGGCAAGGUGAGGCGGGGGAGAAGGCGCAAGGUGAAGCAGGGGAGAAGGGGCAGGGUGAUGAAGCAGGGGAGAAGGGAGAGAUGCUGAGUAGUAUAAAGGGGACGGCCAAACGAAUCCAGAAGUUAGAGGAGAGAUUGAAGACCCAAGGGGGAGAGAAUGGACUGUUGUCUAAGAAGCAAGAGAGGAAGGUUGUGAGGCGGCUGGAGUGCGCAAAGGCUGAACUGGCGGCUCUGGAGGCAAGGCUAAGAGAGGCAGGGAAGAAGGGGCAAGGUGAAGCAGGGGAGAAGGGGCUAAGAGAAGCAGGGGAGAAGGCGCAAGGUGAAACAGGGGAGGGGAGGGCCGUGGGGACCAAUGUGAGCGAUGUGAGUGCUGGAAAGGAGUGGGUGGAGACUGCGAAGGUGGAGCAGGGAAGCAAGGGAGUGACCGGAAAGGAAGGUUUUGUGGUUGCGCAGAGGAAGGGUGUGAAGCUUGCAGGUGCUGUGGCAGUGGGUGCGGGCCGAAGGAGGGGAGGCGAACGCGAGGGAGUUAAGGAGGUCGAGGGAAGGGGUGUGGCUGCUGGUGCUGUGGGGACUGCUGUGGCAACUGGUGUGACUGCUGGGGGGAGUGCUGGGGGGAAUGCUGUGGGGAGUGCUGGGGGGACUGGUGUGGGUACUGGUGUGGGUACUGGUGUGGGUACUGGUUCGGGGACUGGUGUGGGUACUGGUGUGGGUACUGGUUCGGGGACUGGUGUGGGUACUGGUGUGGGUACUGGUUCGGGGACUGGUGUGGGUACUGGUGUGGGUACUGGUGUGGGUACUGGUGUGGGUACUGGUGUGGGUACUGGUGUGGGUACUGGUUCGGGAACUGGUGUGGGUACUGGUGUGGGUACUGGUGUGGGUACUGGUUCGGGGACUGGUGUGGGUACUGGUGUGGGUACUGGUUCGGGGACUGCUGUGGGUACUGGUGUGGGUACUGGUUCGGGGACUGGUGUGGGAACUGGUGUGGGUACAGGUGUGGGUACUGGAACGGAGGUGACUUUUGAGGCGUCUCAAAAGUCGUCUGCUGCGGGAACAGGUGCGGGGACUGGUGCGGAGAAUGGUGCGGGGGCUGGUGUGGGUAUUGGGACGGGCGUGGUGGCUGUGAUGCGUCUACUCAACCUGCUAUCGAACCGUCUUCUCAACCUGCUAAGGAAAGUUUUGCUCCACCUGCAAAGGAAUCCUUCUCUCGACCUGCAAAGGGGUCACCGCCAGUGA